AAUUCGGCAUUUCGGUCUCGACGUCCGAACAAGUAGUAGUGAGUGGCUUUUUCUUCUUGGGCAUUGGUCUUCUCUUCUGAGUGCUGCGACUUGUUAUUAGAGUGCCGAAUUUUUAUGCGUAUCCCGCGAACGUCAUUUAUGUGUUUCAUUUAUGUGUAUAUAUUCAAUGUCGUUACUGUCGUUGAUACGUGCAUCGAUAGUAGCAGUUGUACUCGUGUCAGCUUCUCCUCUCACGGAGAUACCGGAGUGAUCGUUGAAGGAAGCUGAAAGAGUGUCAAGAGAGAUUAAUAAAAGCGAAUCACAUGAUUGGUGUUAGAUAAAUUAGAGUUUUGAGUUUUUGGGAAUGUCACUUUUUGAAAAUUGUAACUUUUCACGACGUUAUAGAGUCGUAGAGAAGUAACUAGCCUCUCUAUAUGACUAUUUAAUUAUUGGAGCAUCUGAUUGUAAAGUUUGAUAAUAGAUGUGGUGACCAUGGACGAUUAAUAUUAUAAAAUGAUAUAUCACUCUGUACUAGAAGAUUGGUGAAUUGGACUUCAGUGCAAUAUAAUAAAAAGGGUGUACCUUGAGGCUUUGAGGAGAAUGUCGCUACCAAGGGGAGUGGGUCUUGGAGUUGAUGUUGGACAACUUAUGCAACAUCAGCAACAGCAACAGCAACAUCACGUGCUGCCUGCGGCUUUCUUUUUACGCGCGAGUGCGGAGCGCUAUCAGAGGACACCGAAGUGCGCGAGGUGUCGGAAUCAUGGGGUGGUUUCUGCCCUCAAGGGACACAAACGUUAUUGCCGAUGGCGUGACUGUGUCUGUGCUAAAUGCACCCUUAUUGCUGAAAGACAACGAGUAAUGGCUGCACAGGUCGCCUUGAGGAGGCAACAGGCUCAGGAAGAAAGUGAGGCACGAGAGUUGGGUUUGCAGUUGCAAUACAACAAUGGCAGCUGCCCCACAGCUUCUGUUUUGCCGACGUCUGCAACAGCUACGGCAACUCCAACCGGAAGUCCGCCACCACAUACAUCACAUGGUGCCAGCCCCGUAGGCCUUACGAUCCCAGCCGCGGCUGCAGCGGCAGCGGCAGCGGCAGCCGCAGCUGCAGCAUCGGAAAUUCAAACGCAACUACAUCAGCAACCUGACUGCGGAGGCCUUCUUCAGCGGAUGAGAGUACCCCAGGAACAAGAGUAUCGGCCAAUUAAAUCCGAGAAUAAUGAUACUUCCGUCCAUGGGAAUUCGCUAUCCGGAAUUACAGGUACAAAACGUGCAAGGAUUUCUGUCGACACCGUCAACGAAGAUGAUCGGGAUUCUGAUUCAGGGGCGGACCUUCAUGUGGACCGUGUCCCGGGUAAGCCCAGGCCCCGAUCUUCUGGUUCACCUUCACCUUCCCGCUCGAGAUCACGAUCCCGUUCAUCACCAUCUUCCCGUUCCCAGUCCGAUUCACGAUCUCACACGGCGUCAAAUGCUCCCAUAGCCGCGGAGCGCGGUCCCGCGGAAUUCAUCGGUGUCCGGAAACGUGAAGACAGCAUUAACAAUUCUGAGGACGGAAGUGCCGAACCUGGGACACCGAGUCCGAUCCACACACCGCCCUUGACGCCGGCCACAUCUACACCGCAACGCGAGGGCACACCGGCACCGGAGAAUCUCAGUAUCAGGAGGACUGCUAGUCCUAGUGAGAAUCAGACCCAAACUCCUAUGCAGGCUGUGGACCUGGUUCAAGCAAGACAUACUCCACCACCUCCGUCGCUUGCUGCUGCCGCCGCAGCACAUUUCUCACCCUAUGCACCGCUCUACGGACCCACCGCGAGUUCACUCUACUGCUCACCCUCUUUGUAUCAACAUCAUCAUCAUCUUCACGAACCAAGAGAGAUACAGAUGCAGAUGCAGAUGCAAAUGCAGAAUAUUCAGCAACCUUGUGGUCUCCAAGUGCAGCAGCAGCAACAGCAACAACAGCAACGUUCCCCGGUUGAUGUACUGUUGAGAGUUUUCCCAGGUCGACGUCGUGCCGACGUGGAGGCUCUUCUACAUCGAUGCAAGGGGGAUGUAGUGUCAGCCAUGGAGGUUAUGGUAUGCGAGGACAGUCUUCAGCCUAAAUCAGCUUUCUCUCCGUUAGCCGGCGCCCUGGCGUCGGCGGCAGCAGCGUCGGCAGCUUCUGCAGCUUACGCAUCUCGCGGUGGCUAUUGUGGUCCAAGUCCUCCAACGCGACAUAGAUUCCUCGCAGCCCCUUACACAGGAACUGGAUACUUACCAACUGUAAUCAGACCACCAAAUCAAACUGGACAUCCAAAUGGUACCACUGACGCUUACAGAGAAACCAGCCCUGACGACGCCAGCGACAAAACCAGCUAUUCCGAGUGACCUGGCUGGUUUUAUCUCUAGUAUCUUACAAAGAGACGAAGACUUAGUCGGUACAAUCACUAUGAUUUUUUUUUACUACAAAGUGAAUCCUUUGCGAAUAAUGCUAAAUUUUGGUCUACUUCGAACGUGAGGUGGGACAAUGUUACGUUCAGUAAUUUGAAAGCCGUAUAUCUUCCUCUUUCAGGAUGUGAGAUAAUCCUAGGAAGAAUCGAACAAAUUAUCGGUGAUAAAUAAUUGGCUAGACAAUUCUGCCGGUGAUAGACGAUUAAUGUGUAGAUAAAGGUAUGUGUUUAAAUAUAGACUUAGGUAGACUUAAUAGAGCGAUAUACAGAAAAGUUGUAAAUAAUGCGAUUGGAUAGCUCAAAUAAUGUUCAUCAGAGUUGUCUUUAUAUAACGUAACGCGCCUUCCGGUAUACAGGAACGCGUAUUCCUUCAGGAUUUUACGCGUCAGUUAUGGGCUGGGAAGUUCUGAAGGACUUGGGGAUUCCUGUCUGCUCAUAUACGAUGGUAUACAUAUGAUUUACAGCUAAUAUAAUAUACGUGUAUAAUGCCUAUAAUAUGUUUAGCGAAGUAAUGAAAUUUAUUAAUAUUAUAAGAAAGCUCUAUAGUUACCAAUGUGCUGCACGAUGUAUAGACCGGAACCCUCAAUAAAUUAUUGGUAUU